GUCAAGUGCGCGUGUCUCGUCGCUGCGGACAAAAAAAAAACAGCUGAACGCAAGUAAUCACAAAGAAUCCAAGUGCUUCUGUGAAAAAUCAAUUUUUAUCUGGAAAAUUGAAACAUAGAUCAGUGGUUACUUUAUUGAUGCAAUGGCGAAAAACAAGUGCACCGUACUGCUCGGUUACGACGACGAACCAAUAUCAGAUAGAGACAAACCGUAUCUGAAUCACACGGUGAACAAAAUCGGUGGAGUUCCGAAUUGGGCUUCGUCGGAAGUUGUCAUAGCACCGUGUCCAUUGUGCGGCCAAAGUCGUCCACUGAUACUGCAAAUAUAUGCGCCUCUAGAGAACUCUCAGUUUCAUAGAACGCUGUACGUGUUUGCUUGUUUAAAUGCCCCCUGUUCGACACAGUCUCUCAGCUGGAUUUGUAUCAGAACACAGGCACUGGAAAGGAGCCCGACGGAGAAUGAAUGUGGUGCGAUCGCCACCAGCCAGUUUGUUAAAACAUCCUCCAACAAUAUAGCCUGGUGCAGCGGGGCUGAUGAUUGGGGUGAAGAUGAUACCGGAACUACUGAGGACAACUUUAUGAGGGUGGACACUUCCAACAUACCGAACAUGGCACAAGAAGAAAACGGGAAUAUCAUACAAUAUGAUAAAAGCAAAGUUUCGGACGAAGAUGAGGAAAGCAAUUCCAUAGAAAAUGAUCUGUUUCCAGGAUUCGUCAAUCUGCGUGUCGACGAAACGAAUGCCAAUGGUGCUGGUGCCAAGGGAGGUCUAAUUGAUAAUUUGUAUACAUGUAAAGUGACAGCCGAAAUCGAAGGAACGGAUGACGAAGUUAUCCUCGUGGAGACUCCUGAUUCGCCCAAGCGGGACUUGAUAGCUUUACUGAAACAACCACAAAUCAUACCAAGAGAUGUAGCCGAUUUGACAUUGAAAUGUUACUAUAUCAGUGUAGAUGAGGAACGAUCUUCUUCGCCACAUGUUUCAGAUCAUGUACGAGAGCUGAUGUAUGAAUACCAAAGGCACGAAGAAGUGAAAACAAGUCCGGAUAGUCCUGUUGGACAUGGUGCUGCAGGUGGCGGUUACGUGAACCCCAUAGAACAGGAACUCUAUGAAAAAGGCAUACCAAUGCACGGCGAUUUAAUGUUUCACAACUUUAUGACAAAAGUCCACGAAAAUCCUGGCCAAAUCUUGCGGUACUCCCGCAAUGCAGCGCCACUACUAAUCGCACCUCUGAAAGAGCAAUUUCCAUCCAAAUGCCAACACUGCGGCAGUGAACUUAUCUGUGAGAUUCAAAUUUUACCUACAGUUAUCGAAAGACUUAGCUUAGAGACAAAUGGUGAACGUGUACCGAUCGAUUUCGGUAACGUUCUCGUGUGGACAUGCAUUAAAAGUUGUUGGGAUACACCCGAUCGUAUGCGCACCGAAGUGGUGCUAGUACAACAAGAAUCAUCAUAAAUAGAAGGCUGAGCAGAGAUGGAAUCAUUGCAAUUCGAUGAACAUUAUCAAUUACACAGUAAUCAAUAACUUUUAAAUUUUUAACUAGUAGAAAGAAGCGGCAAUGUCUCUGGUCUCGAGAAAAUAAAGCAUAAGUUUUAAAAGCUUCAUGUCAAUUGAAUCGGUUUACCUCUUUCGCACGUGAUGAUAGCGUUACUGGGAUGAUUAAAUAAAACAGUAUGCUACAAAUGAGACCACCCUUCUUAUAGAACAUUUUAGAGCAAACGGCAUUUUGCACAUUUACAGUGUUACAAACAAUUAGAUACCGAACUGUCUUCCUAUGUAUAACAUGGAAGACUAUACAAACCAUUAUACAGUAGAAUUCGAUGUUGUUCAAGUGAUACAAAUAGAUAAAGUUAUCAUAUUAUGAUAAGAGAUUAAAUUAAACUGUUCAUUCAAAAAUGUUGAAAAUCUUUCAAUCUCGAUCGAGAACCGUAAUACUAACUUAAAGUUCAUAUUGAUAUUUUCCAUAUUAUGCAAGUAGAACUCGUAGGUUGUUUUCGAAAUUAAAAUACAGCGUAAGCCAAGCAAAACAAAAAGGGCAUUCAAAAAAACA